AUUCCAGCAGCCAUCGCAUUUUUUGUCAUUCGAAAGUAGACCUAGCUAGCUGUAGCUACAUAGUUAGCUAGCUAACCAGCGAGCUAGUUUCGUGUGUUUUUUCUUUGUAUCAAAAUGUCAACAACAAUGUAUCCACCAGAAAGCAUAUACAACCUCAUUCCAAGGGAGGAGGUGAAAAUAGAGAAGCAACCAAGAUAUAUGUCAAUGUUUAGGUCACAAGUUAAGCAGGAGAGGAUGCAGAAUAAGACUACCAACAAGACCAUGGGACCAGCUAAAGUAGACGUGCCAUCUCCAGAGAAAUACCUACUUAAGCACUCAAAGGAACCCAAACUCCCUGAGACGCAACGUUUGACCAAUAAGGGUACCACGAUUGUGAGGAAACCACGGAUACCUACCAAGUCUGAGCAACCACUUAUGGGCAUUCACACCAAAAAGGACUUUAUAAAAACAAAUGCCAAUGAGAGCAUCAUGUCAGUGCCUAGGAAACCCCAGCCCAUUUACGCCGACACCAAAAGCGGAGACAAGCAGCUUCUGGAGAAUUCGGGCCUUGUCCCAAAGUACAUCAAGAAGAAGGACUAUGGAGAGACCCCCGAGUACCUUCUGCAGCGCAGGGAGGAGGUGAAGAGGGCUCAGGAGGAGUAUGACAACUAUGUGAAGGAGCGAAUGAAGCAGGGAGCUAUGAAGCAGCUCUCUGAUGAUGAGAGGCAGACUAUCCUUCGGGGUUUGAAGAAGAACUGGGAGGAGCUACACCAUCAGUACCAGGGACUCUCGGUUGUCACAGACACCACCCCCAAGAAGUACCGCAAGGAGCGCCUAGAGCUGGAGAUGAAACAGCUGGAGAGAGACAUAGACAUGAUUGAGAGAUACAAGACUAUCUACAUCGCCAACAAUUAAGAACUUUCUUUUCCUGCCACUCUUAUUUGACAAGCUCGACCUAUGUCAGUAGACUUUAAAUAGAAGAAAACAAAUCCUCAGCGAGGCCUGGAUGUGAAAAUGUAAUUUUAUCUCUUUCCAAACCCAUCUUCGUUUGUGGUACAGUACCAGAAAAAUAAACUUGAAAUUAUCCAUUGC